GCACGCACGACGCACGCACGCUGGCGCGGUCGGUCGGGGCGGCCUGAGGCCCAUGUGGAGCGGGGCAGCCGCAGUCGCGCUUGAGCCUCCGCCGGAGCCGCUUCUCGGGGCCUUGGGCAGCCAUGAAGGGUAGCCGGAUCGAGCUGGGUGAUGUGACACCACACAACAUUAAGCAGCUGAAGCGGUUAAACCAAGUCAUCUUUCCUGUCAGCUACAACGACAAGUUCUACAAGGAUGUGCUAGAAGUUGGCGAGCUCGCCAAGCUGGCAUAUUUCAAUGACAUUGCUGUGGGUGCCGUGUGCUGUAGAGUGGAUCACUCUCAGAAUCAAAAGAGGCUGUACAUCAUGACACUUGGAUGCUUGGCCCCUUAUCGAAGGCUGGGAAUAGGAACUAAAAUGUUGAAUCAUGUCUUAAACAUCUGUGAAAAAGAUGGCACUUUUGACAAUAUCUAUCUCCAUGUCCAGAUUAGCAAUGAGUCUGCCAUUGACUUCUACAGAAAGUUUGGUUUUGAGAUCAUUGAGACAAAGAAGAAUUACUACAAGAGGAUAGAACCCGCAGAUGCCCACGUGCUGCAGAAAAACCUCAAGAUCCCUUGUCUUGGCCAGAACACAGACGUGCAAAAGACCGACAACUGAACAAAACCCCAGUGAACACUUCUGUGCACUUGCUUGUCACCAAAUAAGGAAAGAGAGGCCUGUUCUCCCCCUUACUUCUAAUGUGUCUUGUAUCCUCUCUGAGAAAUUAAUAACUUCCUGAGGAUUGUCAGAUUGUGUGUUUGGACUUACAGCUCUGGGGGUGUUUUUUGGCAUUCUUUGGGAGGGGGGAAAAGUGUGCUCUUUUGGUUGUGGGGUGGGGAAGGGGGCCUUCAGUCGGUCUUCCAGAAGUCCGUUUUUCUUCAGUGCGCUUGAUGGGCAAAGUUUAAGCAAUACCUUGCAUCCAAUUUCCAAAACCACAUACCCAUUUUUUUAAAAAAAUCUAGAGGCUAUUGCCCUCUAAAAUUCUGAACCGCUUAGCAGUCCUGUGGCCUCAGUCACCUCUCCAUGAAUCACUCUGUUAGCUGAUCCACAGCAUUUUGAAUUGUCUCUCUCUCCACUGUAUACAGAGAGGGGCAGUGACAACCAUGAGAUCUCUCUUGCUGAAUGGUUGAUCUUUUUUUUGCCAGUUGAGGCAGUGUUCCUUGGACUGUUGUAGGCGAAGUUUCAAAGUGGAUUGUACCAUCUUCCAUUCUUCUGUUCGUUAUUGGUGUUGCAAUGACAAUAUAAGAACUUGGGGGUUUGGGCAUCAGUGGAGGAGCCAGACAUUUAAGACUGGUGAAGAAGGUCACUGCUUGGCCCUUGCCUUGGAAAUGGCGCUGCUGGUUUGGACUCUGCUUGCUUGCUGAGAUUAUACUCUUAAGAUCAAGGAUGCUUUUUUCUGCUCUUCUGAAGCCCUGGCACCCCUCUUAACAUCUUAAAGAAGGGGUCGUUUAUGGAACACCAUUUGGAAGUGGCUUAUUGGGAAAACAAUGCAAGGAUUCAGAAAUAACUGAUUUGCCUCCUGAUAUUGUAAUGUAAGACCUGUAGCCUGCUUUACUGAGCUCUCGCUUUGUAUUGUGUUUAUGCUUUUUUUUUUUGCCAUUUCGUUUCAAGCUUAUAGUGAUCAGUACAACAUUGCCAGCUUAAUCAUAUGACUUUUCUCCUCAUUGGGGGAAAUGUACUGAAAAAAACAAUCUGCCCCGUCACCUAAAUCUAUAUUAAACUGUAUUACUUUUCCUGUU